GAGGCUGCGACUUAUUGUCUGCAUUUAUCUUUUUGCUCUCGUGACGUCACAAGAUAUUAACGUGGUCUGUCAUGAAGAUUUUGAUUUCCCGAACAUCAGUAAUUACACUCCAUCUCUGUUGGCAGACUUGAAGCUUGAACUAGUAAAUGUGUUGGGAACAGACAUGGUAAAUGUAAGCUGGGCAAUUAACAUUGAUGCAAGUGUUAAAUAUCUUGAGGGCACACGGAUUAGCGGGGAGGCAGUCCACCUCUGUAAAUACAUUCCAUCCUUUGCUGAGUCUAACCUCACCGGGAUACAUAAGAAAUGGUUUCAUUACUUAGUGUACGAUCAAUAUGGCGCCUUCAUCCAAGUGUCCAACAUUCCUUUGCCGCCAGAUGGAACCAACUAUACCUCCUAUAAGUACGCAAAGGUUAUGACUAGUCAGUCCACACAGAGUCUAACGCCAAAGCCAACAAAAUUUCCUUCAGCUGAGACAACAGAUACAAGGAAGUCUCUCACAGAUCCUGAACAUAGCUUCACCACCAUAUUGGUGAAUGUUUAUCUAGGACUGGGUGCUGUGAUGCUCCUAACUACAGGAUACCUUAUUUAUAAACGGUAUGGGAGAAACUUGGCCACAUCACUGGGCUUUCAAAUGUUACCAUCAACCUCAGUGGACGUCCCCAUCAAUGUCCUUAUGGUGUAUCCCCCUGAGAAUGAAACUUUCCAGAGGGCUGUGAUAGCCUUGGCAGAAUUCCUGCAGAAGCACGCAGGCUGCAGCGUUGCAAUAGAUGUAUGGCAGCAAAACAAAAUUGCACAUGAUGGUCCCAUGCGCUGGCUGGCUGAACAAGUCAAAAUUGUGAAGCGUGUCCUCAUCGUUUGCCCAAUGUCAAGACAGCCUCCUGCCAUCCCCAACUUCACCCCCACUGGAGGACCAUCCAUACCAGCUGCUGCUCAAGAUCUUUACCCGCUGAUCCUCAACGUAGUGGCAAGCCACGCUAAGAGUUCUCGCGAGCUUGCUAAAUUCUGGGUGGUGCAGCUUGGGGAGAAGCAGAAGAUUUCUAGUAACCUGGCUCCGGAAUUGAGGACCUGCAAGGUUUUCUGUUUACUGAAAGAUCUUAAUAAACUUUGCGGGAGUCUGCACACUCAGGACCAAGUUGGAAAAAGAUUGCCUCUUGUGUUCAGACCAGGAACAAUUAACCAUAGGAAGAGCACAGUGAAGUUAAGAGACUCUUUUGAAAAGUUAAGUCAACGUAUAUUAAUUUCCAGAGAGGAUGAACCACUCACGUCUGUGGUUAUCACUGUUUGAAUGUUUUCAAUAAAUUUGGUGGACUAGUAUAAAAAUAUAUCCACACAGUUAAACUUGUAGUAUUAUACAAGGAAAUAUGUGUAUGGCGAAAAACACUCAGGUGACUUGAAGUUCUGCCUGCUCUGAGACCCCCAAUUUGGCCAAAUUUCAAAAUUGUCUUAUUUGCAUGUGUGAUACAUCAUUGGAAGGCUUAAACUCAAUUUUAUGGGGGAAUAAAAAUGUUGAACAGGAGGGCAUUUUUACAACCACAAAAAACAAAAAACAAACAAAAAAUAAAUAAACAGCAAAACCCAACUGGAGGUGAGAGCAUGAGAGAGCAUAAUUAAAGACGCAAUGAUUUUAACGAGACAUUUUCGCAUACUUACCUCUUUUCAAUCCAAAAACUCCAUCUAGCAUGUAUCACCGAGUGUCAACACACAGCUGUGAAUGACCAAAGCCGGAUUAUUGGGUGAUUUUUUUGGGUGAAACAUGGUAAUAUAACAAGGGUCGCGAUGCAGAAAUGGU